UUUCAAGUGUUUCCUUAGCUUUGGAAUAAAGAGAUCAGACAAAGCAUAGGCUGGAGUUGCUGAGCUCCACCAUCUGCCUUCCAUGGAGAAAUGAGAGGUUAUGCAUGCACUGAAUUGUGCAGCUCUUUAACUUUUUGUAUUAAGGAGGGCAAGGACAGAAGGAUGGAUUUGGGAGAGAAAUUCAAGCCAAGUCACCUGGAAAAUUCACACCAUAAUGUUGACUAAGAAUCAGGAGGGGUGAGGUGUGGUGCAGAGCUUAUUGAGUACCAAAAUUCCACCCAUGACCUUGCAAAAGACCUCUGGACAAACACAGGUGCCGGUUGCACUCCUGGGCAAAUUUACUCUAAACCCUGUGUGGGAAAUCUCACAACCUUCCUUCCAGGGGGAUCAUAUAUAAACAGCCAGUCUCAGACUGCAGCAGAGACAUUUCAGCGUUCUACCACUCUGGGGCUGUGAGCAGAGUCCUGAGCUGCUCUUUCCCAUGGGGAGAAAGAGCCCUUCACCUGAAAUCCUCCCACGAUGCUGUGGCUGCUGCUGCUGCAGGUCUGGGCGAGCUGCCUUUGGCUGGGACAGGGUGAGGUGGUGACGUCCUUUGAAAGUUCAUGUCCUCAGUUUUUCUUCCGGGAGACUCCCCCAAAUGAAGCCCUGGAGCCAGAGAACCCAGCCUGGAUCUGCCAGCGCUACAAGAACCAGUAUUUCUAUGCCACCUUGUACGACAGAAAGGAGCGUAUUCCCGUGUACUCUGCUUACAUCUACGAGCCUGGACCCGGCAAACGACCUCAAGGGUGGCUGGUUGAGCCCCAGCUGAUGGGCCCAACCUAUCCCAAAACUAUGGAAAAAGAGUGCACGCUCAUAAAUCAUUACAAUGUCAGCUUAGAGAAACUCAGCGAGAGCCAGGCUAUUCUCCAAGACUACAAGAACCUGACGGGUUUGAACCGUGGCCAUUUGAACCCCAAUGGCCAUCACUUCAACUACAGCAGCAGGAUGGCUACCUUCACCCUCACCAACAUAGUGCCCCAGGAUGAGAAACUCAACGGCGGCGCCUGGAACAACUACGAGCAGCGAACGAUGAUCAGGAACACCCAGGGCUGUGAGACCACCUACGUCAUCGUGGGUGCUGUGCCUGGGAACAACUAUAUUGCCAAGGGGAGGGUUAAUAAGCCCAGCUACAUCUGGUCGAGUGCCUGCUGCGUGGUGGACAACAACCACAGGAAGGCUUGGGCGGUCAUUGCCGAGAACGACCAGAACCAGGUCCAGCUCCUCACGCUGGGGGAACUGGAGGACACGUUGACUCAGCUCUACGGGAGGGGACAGGUUUCUCUGUUUGACAGUGAAUGUCCCCGGGAAUAAGCCUCACAUCCUGGCUUUAAAAGGUUCAGGAGCUUUCGCCACAUGUCAGAGAAUCACAGAAUUAUUUGGGUUGGAAGGGACCUUAAAGAUCAUCUAUCUAGUUUCAGCCCCCCUGCCAU